UAUAUCUCGUCGACAAAAGACUUGACGACACAUACUGUCUUUGGGGAUUGGUGAAUAUAUGACCUUAUGUCUGAUCUUAGCGUUUCCAACUAGAGACGAUGGAUGCUGAAUCUGUUCAUCCUCCUGGUGCUGAUCCUGGGGUCCGCGACUGGGCUCAUCAUGCCGGGGCCGUGUCCUGUCCCUAACCCCUGUUUCUGUGGCACAGUCAUCCAUUGUGACAGCCGCUUUCUCACCCUUCUCCCCACCUUUACCUCAUCACCACGACACUUCGCCAUAUUCGAUCUGUCCUACAACCACCUCGACUACAUCCCAGCACGAGCCUUCGUAGGAGUCAACAUGACAACUCUAGACCUCACAGGCAACCCUCUUAUUCUCAACAUGGAUGAAGAUGCAUUCUUGGGACAGGAAGACAUCCUGCAGCAGUUGAUAGUGGCGCACACAUCAAUUACGUCACUUCCGUCCUCGCUGGGAAAACUCAGACGACUGACGAGGCUUAAUGCAGGAAAUACUUAUAUUGCGACAAUUGAUAGUUCAUUGUUUGCUGCCAUUGGGUAUCCCCUACAAUAUUUGGACCUCCAUAACUCUAAGCUUACACAGUGGCCAAAUGCUGUCAAUAAGCUGAGAUACCUGAAGUCCGUGGACUUGUCCGGUAACCUGAUCAAUACAGUUCCGAAGGAAGCUCUUGAUGUAUUCGCAACAUCACUUGAAGUGCUGGGUCUGAAUGGCUGUGGCCUAACUACGUUCCCGGAUGCAAUAGGGAAACUUUCCAGUCUCCGUGAGCUGUAUCUCGGCGACAACCACCUAGGUGGCGUCACACACGCCAUUUUCUACUACAGAAUCAGACAGACACUUCAGAUCCUAAACCUCUCAAACACCGACCUGACUGACAUUCCAGAUGAACUCAAACACACCCGUGCCCUUACUACCCUCUAUCUCAGCAACAACCCGAUCAUCGCACCCAACUCCACCGGCGUCUUCUCCGGCAUCGGCCACACCCUUACAAAUCUCUUCUUCGACCAUUGCAAACUCCACACCAUCCCACCGGCGUUAGCACGACUGACUAAUCUUAAACUGCUGAAUCUGACUUCCAAUAACCUAGAAAUCCUUGAAAACUACGCCUUCAGUCAUUUACCAUCGGUCGAGACCCUUGUCCUCAACAACAACCCCAUUAUCAACAUUAAACACGCGGCCUUUAACGGAAUGGCCAGCUUACAACGCCUAUACGUCUCCAACUGUGGUCUCCGCUUCUUCCCCGGUGCAUCUUUGCUGGGUCUCCCAUCCUUGUACAACGUGGAUCUCUCCAACAAUAACAUCACCAUCUUGGAGGAGACCAGCGUCCCUGUUCUCAAGGAUCUCAAGCGACUGUCUCUCUCGGGCAACAAGUUCACCAACAUGUCUCUUGUCUCCUUCACUGGCCUCACGACCCUCGACAUGCUCUACCUCAACGACUGCGGCUUCACCACGGUGCCCAAGGCUAUAGAAUACACCCCCAACGUCCGCUACGUGGAGCUCUACAAGAACUCCAUUCCGUGCGACUGCAGCCUCAAGUGGAUCUGGAGCUGGAAACUGGCCCAUGGGCUGAUACCACAUAUCCAGGGACUAUGCCAGGGAACCAAGUCAGACGAUCUAGACAUGUUCAUACGCUACCAGCUGAAACUGUGUCCUUAACACUGGGCUCUCGUAUAUCUACGUUGUUUGAUAUUGAUUUCUUGUUUGUUCUGACCCAUUGGCCAAUAUCAACCUGCUACAUAUAUACAAAUACUGUACAUAUGACAAUAAAUCGAAUAUAACUCACGGUUUUC